UGUUUGAAUAUUGUUUAAUUUGUUGUUUAAAUAGCAACGCAAUUACAACGAAAACACGUUUCACUAACGACACUAAACGAAAACGACACUCUGAAAACCAAAACACAAUUGACAUUGACAAAUGACAUUUAGCAAAGCUUCUUUUUGCAAUGGCCUCUUCUACUUUGGUUACUCAGCACAUCAGAUCAUUUUAGAUAACCUUAAAAUUAGACAGAUACCGAUACCGUCGCGUUAGAACGUCAGAUUUAUUUAUUAUUGAACUUUGAAAUUGGAUUUUUAUAUCGUAAAUUUUAUUUAUCAAUGCGGUUAUCUUUAUUUACCUUAGCAAGUAAUUAAAUAUUCCAAAAAACAAGUCGUACAAGUUCAAUUCAAACAAUCAUCUAUUCAAUAUUGCUUCAAAAUAUAAUAACAUUCCAAAUUCAUGUGAAAAAAUCUGUACAAUUGUUGAGUAAUCAGUAAGUAAUCAACUACGAAGUAAGUAGGAUAUAUCACGAGAAAUACACCCUGAGGAUAUAUACAUUAUUCAAUAAGUGCAACCUGAAGAAAAUAGUGAUAUAGACAUUCCAAUAACGUGGAAGUUUGUUUUGUUAUAUAACGAACAAAUAUGGGUACAAAUAACGAAAACGAGAAGCUAAUAGGUGUGAUAGACGCGGGUACAAGGAGUGUCCAAUUUUGCGUCUUUCGAACAACCCACAAUAAGGAAAUUACCAAACAUACAAUAGAUAUCGCAACAGCCGUUCCCCAAGAGGGCUGGUCCGAACAGGAUCCCAAAGAAAUCCUGGAUGCUGUCAGGAAAUGCAUGGCGAAAGUAGUCGAAGAAUUAGGAGAGGAAGCAUCAAAGAAUAUCGUAACAUUGGGUAUUACGAAUCAAAGAGAAACGACUAUUUUAUGGGAUAAAACAACUGGUGAACCUUUACAUAAUGCUAUCGUAUGGAACGACAUCAGAACAGAUUCAACGGUAGAUCGAAUACUAGCCAAAGUUCCCGAUCAGGACACGAAUUACUUCAAAAAUCACUGCGGUCUUCCAGUAUCCCCUUAUUUCAGCGCCUUCAAAAUCAAAUGGUUGAUGCAUUAUUCCCCGCACGUGAAGAAUGCCUGCAAAAGUAAGACCUGCCUAUUCGGAACCGUGGAUACUUGGAUAUUGUGGAAUCUUACGGGAGGCAUUAACGGAGGCAAGCACUACACCGACGUGACCAAUGCCUCGAGAACAUUCUUGAUGAACAUCGAACUGCUGAAUUGGGAUCCGUAUCUGUUGAAUUACUUCAAAAUACCGGAGGAAAUGCUGCCGGAAAUCAAGAGCAGCUCGGAAAUUUACGGUUACGUUAGUAAUGAUUGGCCAUUGGAAGGUGUUUGCAUCUCAGGGAUUUUGGGCAACCAACAGUCCUCGUUGCUCGGCCAGCGGUGUUUGAAGGAGGGCCAGGCGAAGAAUACCUACAGAAGCGGAUGUUUUCUUUUGUACAAUACCGGUAAUCAGCGAGUAUUAUCAACGCACGGUUUAGUAACGACAGUAGCUUAUAAAUUGGGCAAACAACCGCCCGUUUACGCUCUAGAAGGUAGCGUGGCGGUGGCUGGAACAGCGAUAAAAUGGCUGAGAGACAACAUGGGUUUCUUGAAAGAUGUCAGUCGAGAUACCGAAUCAUUGGCCAAGGAGGUGUUCAAUACGGGCGACGUGUACUUCGUACCGGCAUUCAAAGGCCUCUACGCGCCCUAUUGGAGAAAGGACGCAAGAGGUAUAAUAUGCGGUUUGACGGCGUUCUCGACGAAACAGCACAUAAUUCGAGCGGCUUUGGAGGCGGUUUGUUUCCAAACGCGCGACAUCUUGGAAGCGAUGAACAAGGAUUGCGGCAUACCGCUGACGAAGCUGCGAGUCGACGGUAAAAUGUCCCAAAACGAUCUAUUAAUGCAGCUGCAAGCGGAUAUCAGCGGGAUACCGGUGAUAAGGGCGGAAACUGAAGACAUUACCGCGUUGGGAGCGGCUAUGGCGGCGGGGGCGGCCAGGGGAGUGGAUAUUUGGAACAUCCAUUCGGAAGAAUCGGAGUUAAUUCCCAUUCAUACCUUCCUUCCUACAUCGACAACAAAUGAACGGGACGCUCGUUAUAAGAAAUGGAAAAUGGCUGUACAGAGAUCGCUGGGUUGGGCCGUACCCAAGAAAUCGGCCGUUAUGACAGAGGAGCGGUACUGUAUGUUAGCCAGUUUGCCUGGAUGUUUGUACGUAAUCAUCAGUUUCGGUAUGCUCGCAAUUUCUGAAUAUAUUCAAGGCGUAGGAUCGAGGUGAUAUCUUAAUUUAGUUCAAACGAUUUCUAAUUUAACCAUAAGUCAGGCGAUAAGUACGCUCCAUCCCAUUUUACCAGCGAAAAUAGUCAAAAUUGAAAUUUUUAUUUGACAUAGCACAUUUAUGUCUUUAAACAAUUGUGUUCAUAUUGUACUUAUACGUAUUUAUUGUUGUUGUUAAUAUCUUUAUUUUUUUGUUGGUCUUUGUUAACUUUGAGUUUGUUGUAUUUUUAAAUAAAAAUGUUCGUAUUUCAAGCGAUAUCGUAUGAUCCAAUUAUUGUUUAUUUAUUUCAUAUGAAACGAACACUUUCUUAAUUUUUUUACCCAAUUUAACAAAUCUAGACCCUUAGAAGAAUCGCUUGAAAAUUUUUCAAGGCGAUUGCGAUUUGUACAAACAUUCUUCACUUAACUAAUAAUAUAACAAAAAAAAAACUUAAAACUAAGGAAUGAUUGUAUCCUAUUCACGCGUAUUUCUCCACAUCAUAAUAUAACCCGGAGUAAAUGAUAAUCCAGGUGACUAGGAAACCAGCAAAGGAUGUCAUAAAGCCUUCUUUGGUCAACUCCCAGGCUCCUCCGUAUUCCUCUUCGUCAACAUUUUGAAAACUGCUGCAGUAAAAGUAUAUAAUCCCUGCGUUGAUUACCACGAA